UAUUUAAGUUAUAUUAGGAAAUGCAGCAUGGAUUUGAAGAAAUGCAAUACUGGCAUCAACGGGCCAAGGAGGAAGCAUUUGAACUUUUUAAAAGACAACACCAACAGGGAAAGGGAAUGUGUACUGUCUUUCUACUUGAUGCAUCAGAGAGCAUGGCUGGAGAGGGCUUUAGGCAAAUGAAGAGAAGUUUCUUGGACAUUAUAAAUGAAAUUGCUGAUCACAGGGAGGAAGAUGAAAACGUGGCGGUGUUGUGUUUUGGUCAAGAAGUAAAGUUCAUCCACUAUUUAUCAAACAACUAUGAUUCUAUAAGGAAGUGUAUUGAUAGAAUUGAGUGCAGAGGAAGUUCUCCUAUGGAAGCUGGAUUCCUUUUGGCCACAUCAUGUUUUCUCAAUAAAAGCAACCUUAAUACGGAUAUUGUUACUGCAGCAAGAUUGAUCGUGAUAACGGAUGGUCAACCGACAGACCCUUUAGAUAUUAACAAACCCGAACCCCCAGCGGCCUCUGAAAACCGAUUUAGUACUUUUAUAGCCAGAUUACAAGCAACUGUAGCUGCAACUGGAAUGGUAGGUCCUGUGUUAUUUAUUCCUGUUGGAUCAGAACCGAAUAAGAAACUAUUGGAAUCUAUUUGCAACUUUGCAAAAGGAGUAAGAAUAGUUCAUCAUCCUCAUGUGCAGCAAGUUGGGCGAUUUUCAAAGAAUAUGAGAAUUAUUACGCACCUGUUAAGACAUAAGUCUCCAAGGGAAAUCACUGCUGAUGAUAUAAAAUCUUCUGUAGCUGAACACUCAUCUUAUGUGACAAACAGAGAUAUAGAAGAUAUUUUAGAAAUUAUAGGAAAUCAUGAUAAAUCCAGUUCAAUAACUUUGUCGGACUUUGCCAUGAAAAACUUCGAUGAAUCGUUUACGGAGCGCUAUUCCGAUAUGCCUUCAAUUGGUACCCGAGUCAAACGUGGACCUGACUGGAAAUGGGGAAACCAAGAUAGCAUGGGUCCAGGAACCGUUGUAGGACAUUCAACAGUCGGUUGGUUGUUUGUUGAGUGGGACAAUGGAAGUACAUGUAACUACAGAUACGGAUAUAAUGGAAAGAUUGCGAAAUAUGAUUUAAUUGAAUGCGAUGAACCAAGAAUUCUUCUUUAUCAUCAACAAAUUGCUACUGGUUGUUUAGUUUCAAGAGGACCAGACUGGAAAUGGCACGACCAGGAUGGAGGAGAGGAAAACAUUGGAACAGUUUACAGAGUACAACAGGCAGUUAUUUAUGUGAAAUGGCCCCAUGGUGUGAGGAGUAAUUACAGAUUUGGAUAUCGAAAUAAAUUCGAUGUUAGAAUACGGUAA